CGACGACUCGCAGGCGGGCUCGGACCAUGCCGGCGCGGCAGAUGGGCUCAAGUCAACCAAGGAGCUCUCCAAGCUCGACAAGGGCAAGGCCAAGAAGCGCAGGAAGGAGGAGCAGCGGGCAUUGGAGAACCCGCCGAGCUUCUCGUUCGACACACGCGGCUUCACCGGCGGGCGCAUGGUCCAGGUCAAGGACGUGCGCGACUUUGUCCUCCACCUGCUCGCCAACGACAAGGCGCAGUCGUGGCUCUUCGUCAAGAACCGCAGCAACGUUCGUCGUGUCGUGUGCGUCAUGGCGCCCGGCAUCCUCGCGCCCGAUCUCGGCAUCGCCCAGCCGCCCGUGUCGACCAACCUCCCGUUCGCUCUGCGCCCGUCGUCCGACGGCCUGUCGUGCAAGGUCUCGGUCAUGCAGUCGCUCUUCUCGCACGCGUGCCCGACCAAGGCGCCGGGCGAGCGCAACCGCAUGCACUCGCCGUACCAGAGCUUCACGACGUGCCCUCUCACCGGCGCCGAGAAGGACCGCCGAGAGCGGGCGCGCAAAGAGCGCGGCCAGGCGCAGCGCACCUCGGACCCGAGCGUCUACCUCAUGUCGCCCGACCAAAUGGCCGAGCAGGCGUACCCGACGCCGUCGCCUCGUCCCUCACCCCUCCCGACCGACCUCGACGCGACCUUCUCGUUCAACGACUGGAAAAAGGCCGACGGCUGGAUCGAGGCGCCGUACCUGCCCGAGAAGGAGGGGCCCAAGCGCGUCCUCGGCCUCGACUGCGAGAUGUGCCUGACGGCCGACGGCUCGGAGCUCACGCGCCUGAGCGUGGUCGACCUCGCCGGCAAGCGCAUCUACGACAAGCUCGUCAAGCCGGACCAGCCCAUCGUCGACUACCUCACGCGCUACUCGGGCUUGGACGAGAAGGCCCUCGAGGGCGUCACGACCCGGCUCGAGGACGUGCAGCGCGACUUGACGCAGCUCCUCGACUACAACACGAUCCUCGUCGGGCACUCGCUCGAGUGCGACCUCAAGGUGCUCAAGCUCGUCCACUCGCGCGUGAUCGACACGUCGGUCAUCUACCAGCACCCUCGCGGCCCGCCGUUCAAGGCGUCGCUCAAGUGGCUCGCGCAAAAGUGGCUCAAGAAGGAGAUCCAGGCGGCGGUCGCCAACAGCGAGGACGGCACGGUCGGCGGGCACGACUCGGAGGAGGACGCGAGGACGGCAAUUGAGCUCGUCAGGCUCAAGAUGGAGAAGGGUCCCGGCUUUGGCGAGUUCGUCACGGACCAGGAGACGAUCUUUGAGCGGAUCGGGCGCGGGCAGGACCCGAAAACGUCGGCGGUGGUCGACCACGGCACGCCUGGCCAGUGGCACGGCGCCAAGGCGACGACCGCCAUCGCGUGCUCGAACGACGACGAGGUCCUGCAAGGCAUGCUCGACUCGGUCGACAAGCACGACCUCACGAUCGGCCGCUUCAUGGACCUCUCGCACACGCUCGGCUGGUCCCAGCCGUCCUCCUCCGCCAAGCCCGCGUCGAGCGACGCGACGUCGACGACCGCCGACGGCCCCGCAGAGCCCUCGCCCGAGUCGCUCGACACCGCCUUUGCGUCGCUCGACAAGCGCCUGCGCGCCCUGCACGCCGCACUCCCUCCCCUCACGGCCCUCAUCGUCUUUACCGGCCACUCGUCGCCCGUCGGCAUGUCGCGCCUCGCGGCCAAGAAGGCCCGGUUCGACAAGCUGUGGAAGACGACCAAGCAGAGCGAGAUUGCCGACGAGGACAAGUGGUACGAGCAGGACGACCGUGCGCUCGUCGACGAGGUCGAGCGUGCGAGGUGGGGGUUGAGCUUCUUCUGCGUCAAGUAGCCUCCUCUGGCUCUCGAGCUCGGUGCAACACGAAGCUUGCUGUCGACAGCAG